AUGGUCCUAGUUGACCAUCCCAACGUCCUUAAGUCACACUGCUCCUUCAUUAAUGAUCACAGUCUUUGGGUUGUGAUGCCCUACAUGGCUGGAGGUUCUUGUCUUCACAUUUUGAAGGCUGCACACUCGGAUGGUUUCGAGGAGGUUGUCAUAGCUACAAUUCUGCGGGAAGUGUUGAAGAGCUUGGAUUACCUUCACCAACAUGGACACAUUCAUCGUGAUGUCAAAGAUGGCACCCGAGUCAUGGAGCAAUUGCUUGGUUAUGAUUUCAAAGCUGAUAUAUGGUCUUUUGGAAUAACUGCUCUGGAGCUUGCACAUGGUCACGCCCCUUUCUCUAAAUAUCCUCCAAUGAAGGUAUUGCUUAUGACUUUGCAAAAUGCGCCACCUGGUCUCGAUUAUGCGAGCGACAAUAAGUUCUCAAAGUGCUUUAAGCAGAUGAUUGCUAGCUGUUUGGUGAAGGAUCCUUUGAAAAGGCCAACUGCAAAAAAGUUGUUGAAACAUUCCUUUUUCAAGCAAGCUAAAUCAAAUGAUUAUAUUGCUAGAACCCUUCUGGAAGGACUGCCAGCUUUAGGUGAUCGCCUUCAAGCAUUGAAGGUCGUCCGAUUAAUCGCGAUUAAUCGUCCGACCAGGGCAUAUGGACGACCAGGACAUAUAUUUGUCUUUUUGGGCUGUGGGUGGAAAUUCAACCUUGAUGAUAUGAAGGCUCAAGCUUCACUGAUCCAGGAUGAUGAUGCUACUUUGGAACUUCAACACCAAUUAUCAAAAAGCUUUAAAGAACUUCAACACCAAUUAUCCUUUGCAAGUCGGUGUUCUGAUGCAGCAGAUUCUGAUGAUAACACUCCUGCUUCUGUCUCAUCUGUGGACUCAACUACAAAUUUAGCUAAAUUUGAAAGAACUGAUGAUGACUCGAGUGUCAUUACAACAUUGGAGCAGUCGACAACAAACAUGCCUCUUGGAACUGAGAAUAAUGCAGAUAACUACUAUGGAAAAACUGACGCAGAGGGAAACAAAACAUCAAUAGAUGGAGUCCCGACUAACUCUAGACAUAAUGUCCAAAAUCAGUCAGACAGUAUGUCCCGUGCUGGACUAGCCAAUCAGCUACCUUCAGAGUCUGCACAGGUAGAAAUAACGUCCAAAGGCUCAAAAACUUCAGUUAAUGGAGAUGAAGCUGACGAGAAGGCCAAGAAUCAAGUUGUUCAGCAAAAAGGAAGAUUUAAAGUCACAUCAGAGAAUGUUGAGGCCGCUCCAGCUCCUAUACUACAGAAUAGCCACAGCAUGAAGUUAGAUGCCGCUCAUGAUAGGGAACGGGAGUUGCUUCGAGAAAUCAAUGAUCUCCAAUGGAGGCUCGCUCGUGCGCAGGAGGAGUUCCAAAAAUAUAAGGCAGAGAAUGCACGGUGA